CAGCUGAGGAUGGUUAGGGCCGGUGGCCGGUGAAACUCAUCAGGCCGGUCUCCUGAACCGAGGAAGGGUGUGGUGGUCAUGGCGGAGAAGCACCAUCUCAAUCGUUUCCCUUUGUGGAUAAUAGCAUGCAGCUGGAAGAGGAAGUUAUUUUGAGGUUUGCGGCUGAAGAGUGAAUCGGGUACUAAAACCUCGAAUCUUCCAACUCCCAUUCCUCCAUUUUCCGUACCUUCCCCCCACCAUUUGAGUGACAGUCAAGUGCUGGACCGAAAGUACCCGCAAAACAAGCAUCGCCAUCCGUUCAUUCCAGUUCCCACCCGAUUGCGGGUCCGAAGCGGGAGGCGCCGCCCACCAUGCCCCCAGCAGAACAACCACCUUUGAAUUUCGGGGCGCCUGGACCUUCCUCACGCGAAAACCCCAACACAACAACAUGGUUCGAAAAUUAUUCGGAUAAUGGGGCUCCGCCCGCAUACACCGCCCAGGACAGAAACAACGCCGACCCCAGCUUGACCGCCGCAUUUGACAACCUCCAGUUGCCCACUAACCCCGUCAACCCCGAGGUCGACACAUGCCUCGCCCACCUGAAGUUGUUAUUCGCCUUCCAGUGGAUGAAGGAGGAUGUUGGGUUUACCGAUGGGCUCUGGGGUCUGUGGGACGAUCUCGCCGGCCCCAUCGACCCCGUUCUGAAGCGACGGCCUGAGAAGAAGCCCGAGAAAGGGGCGGGAAAUGAUGGUGAGGCUGCGGCCCCCGAGCCAAGCGUCGAGGAAAAGAUGCGAAACAAAAACCUGGAAAUCCUCAGUGAGAUUCGUGAGAAGCGAUGGGCCCUCUUUGUCGCCAGAGCCGUGGACCGGUACGAGGCCUGGUGGCAAGCCAUGGCGGCAAUGACGGGUGCAAGCCCGCUGAAGGAACGCGACAUGACCCCAGACUCUUUUGCGUACACGUUGUUCCCUUUUAACAUCGACGGUACCGUGCGCUGGGACGAAAAUAUGCUGCCGCCGCUUGACGUCCUCAUGGUUUGGCACACUCAUAUGCUGAACCCUCGCGCAUUCCUCGAAGACUGCAUUCGGGCUGGCAUGGGGAGCUUCUGGGGCACCGGUCUACCGUGGCACGUCGUCGACAAGGCCAUCGACACCCACUUUAAUUACAACGUCUCAGCCGAGUGCAAGCGUCGCUGGAGUGAUGACACCGGUCGUGCUUGGGACAACGCCCAGGACCCGAUGGACAAGACCAUCCCCUGCCCCCGGUGUAGCACGGCAGUAAAGAUCCCAUGGACGAGAUUCGUCGAGGGCUACCAGGACGGCCCGUCUGACCGCUCUGGCAGCGGCUACGGUGACGGAAAACUUCGAUACAGGUGCCGAGUCUGCGACAUUGUGAUUCGCAAAGAGCUCCUCGCCGUCCACAAGUUUAUCCGAGACUACCACGAUCUCACCGCCGCACCCAAAUCCGAACGGCGUCCCAUGCCGGGAACGCUGCUCGACCCCAAGACGGGGAUUCCCACCACAGAGUCAACCACGGGCGCCAAAUCAAAAUCAGACCUGCCAGCCCUCACGUUUCCCAACCGGAUAUUAAAUACCUGGAGUAUUUUUGGGAGUUUUCAAUGCCCAAGACUUAACACGUACUACGACCACGCCGGCCCCACGAUGCACGAUGUUCGCAAGGCCCUCGAGGAAGUGCUAGCGAUCGGGAAACACAUCAAAAAGGUCGACGGGGUAGAGUCGUCCGGCCGGUACGUGCUGCCCAGUGUAUCGCGGAUUGCCGUCCGCAAGAUGAUGUCGCGGUACUGGGAGAAUUUUAGUCCGUUCGCCCUGGACCUGGGUGGUGCUGUCAUGCGCCAGGGCGUCUUUGGCGAAAAGAUGUGCAAGCUGGACUGGUUGCACAGCCCCUCGGCCCAGAACACCAUGGCCCGGCUGCUGACCAAAUACGACCGGUUUCUUCAAAUCAUGGCCAAAAACCCGAAAAACAUUACGGUGCCCACGCUGGACGUUGAUCUUGCCUGGCACACCCACCAGCUGAGCCCAAGCUGCUACUACAACCACACUGUGGAUCUUGCAGGGCGGUUCAUCGACCACGACGACAAGAUCGCCGACCACACGCUGAGCAAGCAGUUCGAGUGGACCAGCAAGGUGUACCAGGCCUGGUUCGGUGAGGUGUACAGCGAGUGCACUUGUUGGUACUGCGAGUCCAUACGCGCCUCUCACAGCAGCAGCCUGGGAAAGGUCCUCGGCAUGUCCAAGCACGACAAGAUCGCCGAAUCCUUCCACGCCACCGGUGCCGCCGCUCUACACCCACCCUCCACAGGCGCGCACAUCUCCGCCCACCCCGCCGUCCAACCCCACCCCGAACAACCGCAAAGCUCAGUCGCCUACCUCACCCAGCGCCUCGCCGAAGCCCACAACCGCCAGCUCGGCCUGGCCUACGCGCGAGCGCGCGCGCGCGCCGAGAAGAAGGGCCGCCCGCCGCCCCGCCGCGACGACGAGGUCUACUACGACCACUGGGGCUUUCCUUACCUCUACACCGCGCCCUACGCCUACCCGCUGUGGUGGACGCCGGGGCUGUAUUAUGGCUGGUAUCCGGGUUAUGUGGUGGCGUGCGCUGCGGGCGUGGCGGCGGGGGAUGUGGUGGUGCUGAUGCGGGAGGGGCCGGCGUCGGUGGAGGAUGUGCAAGUGGAGGUGGAGGUGGAGAUGGAGGUGGAGGUGGUGACGGUGGCUGUGGUGGUGGUUGUGGUGGUUAGUGCGGCGUCCUUCGCCCUUCGAGCGCAAGCCUUUGGAUACGCUCUCGCUCGCGGGGUGGGUGUUUGGAUAUUAGGAUGUCGGUCGGCAUGGUCUUGCGCAGCACAAACGAACAGCCUCGCCGGAGCAACGGAAGCGCCGGUCGAAUUGGGGGCUGCGAUAUUUCGAAGGCAUCUACACGAUACAGCUCCCUCGAUGCUAACUCCCAUCAGCGACUCAGAACAGCCCUGGCUCGCUCAGUUCCAAUCCAGGCCCAUACUGAAAGAACCAGAGCCCUCGUUUCACCGCACCUUCGCCGACAUCACCCCGGAAAGCUCAGUUUACAUACCAGCCUCUAGCGUCGGUGUUCCCUUAAUCGAAUCUCCGAAUGUCUCCGUCAACUCGAGCUGGGCAUCGAACCUGGACCGGCCGUUCUCCAUUGGUCGAUACGUAAGCAACCACGAGCGCCAUGAAACGAUACUGCUGUCCCUGUCGGCCGCUCCUCGCCGCCCCAUACCACCCAUUCCUGAUGUUUCGAACACUUUGCCUCCCUCCAACAAGCCCGGAACAGAAGAGCGGCUCGGCCCAUUCGAGAUCGAAUCCGCGGAAAAGGGAAUUCCUAAUGACAGCUCAUUGCACCGUUAUUUGACAGACAUUCAACCCCAUGAGCUGCUCUCCGUUGCUCUCGAACAGAAGAGCCAUCAUCCGAGUGAAAGGAAAGCCCAACGUCCACAUCAAGACAGCCAAAAGACGGACGCCUCCAUCUCUCUGUCCGCUACCUUAAGCGGAGGAGAACAGCUCGAGCAGGUCGACGUCAUCCCCUCACCCACCGAGGUGAUGCGCAGGUCGUAUGUUUUCCCACUCCCCUCUCCCGUCCCAGCCCCUCUUCUGACAUUGCCCUCCCCAGCCGCGAAAUCCAACAACAGCGGGCCGCCGGGCAUCCACGGUUGUACAAAAUAA